CUGACUCUGAUAGCAACGUUCCAGGGCAUUCCUUGUCGCUUUCACGUGAAUUGUGCCUCACCACUUCUGCUCUCUUUGGUGCGCUGUGAGGACUUUUAGCGUGCACGAUGUCUUACUGUAAGCAGUUCAACGGGGGCAAGGAUAAGGUGAUCUUCGCGUCGAAGGAAGACCUCGCGGGACCUAGCAAAAUCACACUUCCCGAGUCGGAUCCGGCGCCUGGACUAAUUCUUCCCAACGGUGACAUCAAUUGGAACUGUCCUUGUCUAGGAGGCAUGGCCACAGGACCCUGUGGAGUAGAGUUCAGAGAGGCAUUCACUUGCUUCCACUACAGCGAAGUGGAACCCAAGGGGUCUGAUUGCUACGAAGUCUUCUCCCAGAUGCAGUCCUGCUUCUCCAAGUAUCCCACAGUGUACAACAAGAGUGGCGAUAUGGAUGAUGAUGAUGAUGGAGACGUUGAACGAGAGGCUCAAAUGAAGGUGGGCGAGUUACUUGACGGCGCCAAGGAGGAGAGAGAAUCCGCGGGAGACUCUCCGGACGGCGCAGCCUCCCAGGUGGAGCGGAAAAAGUGAUUUUGUGCAAAAGACUCCGACUUAGUUUGAUUGGGCAUCCCAAAUUCUCUUCUGUCGGGAUAUCCACAUAAGAAUUCGUGUCAGAUUUCUUAAUAAAAUAUAGUAGAGAUAACAUGAAGAAAAUGGGCGGAAAAUUGAGAAAUUCAGUGUCGGCAUGGCAGAUUUGGUCCGUUUUGUCAAUUUGAAUUGUCGAAGUUGGGGAAAAAAUCACGAUUUCGAUGAUAGAAAAUGUGAAGAAGAAGAAGAAAUGUCACGUUUUUUUGGUGUUGAUCAGAAAUUUUAUGUGAAGGAGAGGAAAGUGGAAGAAAAGUGCAGAGAAUCGCGGUGAAAAGCGAUUGAAAAGUGUGAAAAAUAUACAAUUGGGGUGCGUGUGUGUGUAAUUGAGUUGAUAGAGUUCACAUUUCCUUGGCAGUGUUCUGAGAAGUGUGAAUAUUUGGGGGUGAGUGUGGAACAUCGUCUAGUGAGAAUUCAUUGCAUUGAUUGUGGCUGAAAGGAGGUCAGAAGAUGUUGACUCAGCAAGGAAGCGGUGCUAAGCCAGUCAAGGAGAAGCGCAGG